UCUUUCCUCCAUCUAAUGGGACGGGGACCUGGCUGCGACCUAACCUAACCUGGGACCAGUGGGACCAUCGUCGGGAAUUGGGGAUUCCCAUUAACGUUAGCUUACGUCAGUAUAAAUAAAUGAAUUCUCGCGAUGCCAUUUUAUUCAUCAUCAUAAAACAAAACGUUUGUUGUUACGUGUAUGGUGUAUGUAUACAUAUACGUUGAGAGACGUUGAGAGUUGAGAUGUCACAGUGAAGUAUAUACAAAAGACAUUUGAAAUGGAUAAGAGACGUUAAUAACGAAAUUUAUGAAAAUAAGACAAGGACGACGCAAGCGUAAAACGUGCAACUAAGGCUAAGGCUCACUGCAAUCAGAUUUCCUAUUAAGAAUUAUUAAUUUUAAAUUUAAAAACGCGCGUCUUUAGUUUUGUUAAUAGCGAUUAACUUGAUUUAUAUCAAAGAUAUGGCCAACAGACAAGAGGAUAUGAGCAUAAAGGCAAAGCUUUCAACGUUACAUUGCCCAUUUACUUGGGAAUUGUUGGACUGUAUGAUAAAACAGUCCACAAUUAAAAAUGAUGAAGAUGAUCAAUUGAUGGUGGACGAUGAAACAGCUCAUCCCUUAGAACGGCUAUUAAUAAGCUUGUUGAAAUGCUACAAAGCUGUGUUGAGCGCAGAUAACGAUGAAGCAACAAGAAGGAUUGAAAAAGCUGGAGAGAUUUUAAUGGAGAUUCAACAAGAGAAAGAUUUUCAUCAAAUGAUAAGAGCGAUCGAACACGUUUUUUAUGCCACAAAAUGCUUUUCUUUGUACGACGCAAACGAUAUGGAUGGAGUGGAAGAAAUUCAAGAAAUUUUACCAAAUAUAAUUGAUACCGAAGAUUUCAGCGACAUAGAGUCAGGUGCUUUAUACGGUUGUCAAAGUGUCCUAUGGUCUUGUUUAAAAGAUUUCGGUAUGGACAAAGCAGUUGACACUGCUAGGAAAGCAGUCGAGAAGAAUCAAGAUUGUGCAUUAUGGCACUUUAUUCUUGCAAAGAAUCUUAGACGUCAAAGACGUUUAAUAAAUGUCUCAUCUAACGUAUCGGAUAUAGAAAGAGAACAUUUCGAAAUAGCAUACGCUAUGUCUAAGAAUCACGUAUUUGGAAUAUAUUAUUUACAAAUGCGUAUAGAAAGGUUUUAUAAAUUUAGCAGAGAAAGAGAGUAUUUAAUGAGGAAAAACGCUAAUGAAAGAGAAGUGAUUCAAAUAGCGAAAGAUAUUUUAAAAGCAAAACCAAACAGCACGAAAGUGCUCUUAAGACUAGCUAAGAUGUUCAUGCGUGUCAGCUCAGAUGAGAGAAUAUCGGCAAAAGAGUGUUUGGAUGCUGUAAAUGAAAUAGUACCAAAUAAUUCGACGUAUCUGCAUUAUACCGCAAUGUUGUAUGAAGAGAGCGGAGAUUAUAAAGAAGCUUUAAAGUAUUUCAAAAAGGCUGCCGAAUGUAAUAACUUUGUGGCAGAACUUUGCUAUAUACAGUAUGGAUGGGAAGUAGGAGAGCUGGAACCCUUACCACAUUUAUUGCGAAUGUUGAAGAAGUAUGAGCACUCUGUUAAAGAACGACAAAUAUCUAUAUUGCUGGCGAUUGCAGUAACUUAUUAUUCUCUCCAUAAAGACAUACCAAAUGCGGCAGACUAUUUUUUAAAAGCUCUUACUGUAGAUCCACUGAACAAAAAGUUCCAGACGUCUUACAAAUAUCUUGAUUUCCAAAGUGUGAAUAUUUCAUCUUUUUUAAACGAUAAGUUUUGUCCUCUUCUGGAGAAAAAAUAUUCAAGGACACAUCAAGAAACGUGUGAAGAAAUAAGAAAGUUCUUGAAUGUAAAGGAUAUGAAUGAUCUAUUGGAAGAAUUGUGCACCUUAUCUGUGGCUAAAGCAUACACUUUGAUUACUCGGCUCGGCCUAUGCGCGAUUCCCGUCGACGAUCAACGACCAACGACGGCAACGAUUGGAUUGGAUGUGGAUGCGUGCGAGUUGCGAGUUGCGAGACGCGCGUCCACGCAAGACGCAAGUGAAGAUUCAAACUUGAUCGGCGGCCGGGCCGGUCGACGCGCGAGCGCGAUGAACGUUACUGGCGUUCGAGUGAGGAUAUACGACGAGGGAAAAUGUAUCCAUGAGCACGAGGCUGCUCGAUCUGAGGCUGAAAACGACCUGAGGACGUUGAUGCAAAAUCUACGGGAUACGCGAUCGGAAGUCAACGAUUUCUUGACCGCGAUAAUUCAACGAGACGCGCCCGGCAGGGCGCAAGAAAUGGCGAGUCAAUCGAUCUCUUCGGACAUCGAAUCGGACUCUGUCGAGGAGGAGGAGGAGGAGGAGGAGGAGGAGGAAGAAGAGGAAGGCGAGACGCAGGCUAACCCCAAAAAAUCUAACGAGAGAGAAAGAGCAUUCGCGCGAUCCUUUGCCACGCAAAAUUCGCCUUCUGUUCGCAACAUUCGCAACUUCGCACUUGAUUCUCUUCGGGCGGGAACCAUGUCUACUAUGUUAUCAAACGAGGCUCAACUGCGUUACAUGAUAGAAUGGUUUCAAGAAUGGUCCGAAAUGCAACGGAACGAUUUUCUGGGUGUGUUGCUGGAGAAUUGCGGUCCUCCAGGGCUUGUGAAUGGACUGGUGGCUGGAAUAGAGAAGUUGGGUUGCGAAGGAUCUGACAGGCCUCCAAGCUUGUUUCAGUGUCGCAUCAAGCUCUUCAGAGAGUGGAGUAGCACGUGGUCGCAAUGCGAGAAAGAUUCUUUAUUGGCAGCUAUUAAGAGUACAGAUAGUAAGUUUGCUGAAAAAUAUGAAGAAAGAUUAUCAUCGUUGACGGAAGAUAAAUAGUAACGAGCAAGCAUCUUGCAUCACUUUACAACUUACAAAUUCCAUGUAGAAAUGUAGCAUUUCUCUAGGUUUCCCCCCCCCCCCCCAAUAUAAAUUCGAGGAAAGUUUGUCUUUUUAUAUUUAUAUAUUUAUUUCCUUAUAUAUACAAAUAUGAACUCUAAUAUUAUAGAGUGUCAUGAAUAAAAUCACGAUGUUAAUCAUAUAUCAAAUUGUCUGCAUAGCACAAUUACAUUCUUCAUGUAUCAAAAUUUAGCUUAUGCCGUUUUCAUGAUAAAAGAAUUCUCUCCAACUCCCAUUAAAUAUUUUAUCCUCAUAAAAUAUUUGGAAAAAUAUAUCAUUUUGAGAUGGAUUCAUGUUGUAGCUAUAUAUCGACUUAAUAAAAAUGGUUUAAGACAAAAUAAGUAAGAUAAUUGUAUAAAUAUUUGCAAAAUUGUAAAUUUUUUGUAUCUUUUCUGAUGUUAGAGAUGUAUUUCUUAUUCUAUACAUUCCUCUGUCUUUGCAUUUCAUAUCCUUUGUACUUGAACAUUGUCAUUAUAGCCAAGUUUUAUCUAUAUUAAUUACAGUUGUUAUAUAUUUUCUAUGCAUAUUCAGAUAUACAUAACAUAAACGGCUGUAAAAAUAAGAUGUGAAAUAGGGAUUAUUUUAGAUUUAAGAAAGGCAUUUAUGUAAUUAAUUUUUUAAGAAAAAUUAGAGAAUAUUUUAUGAUUUUCAAUGAAUGUUACUAUAUUAAUAGUAAUUAUAUAGCUUCAAGAAUUUUUUUAAUGAUAAAACGAGAAUAGGUCGAUUCUUCAAUAGAAAAUCCGGUUUGUGACGUUCAAAAUUUCAAAUCCAUAUUUUUUAUAAGCUUAAACUUUAAUUCUUAGAUAAUAAAAACAAAAAUUUUUUUUAGAUUAAUUCUACAUUGUAAGAUAAUUUAAACUUGUAUUCCAUUAUAAUCUACUUACGUGUAUAGACAAAAAAAUUAAAAACCGCACGCAUACUUACUCACAUACACACAUGCACGUACAUCACACCGAAACUUUUGCAAUGGAUACAAAAAACUUUAUUGUAUUACAAUAAACACUUUCCUUAAAUAUUGUUUAUAAUAUAUAUCAAUGAUAAUGA